AUGUACAUCCAAUCAAUGAUGUCCAAGACCGGACUCGCAAAGCCUCUCUCUGAUGCAGAGAAAAGAAAGUCGGAAGCUUCAAACGGCAAAUCAUGGAUUAGCAGCAGCCCUGCUACUGCCGCCAUUUUGGUGACCCAGCUUCGUGAUAACUUAGGAUUGGAAAUGAGGAUUCGGGUGCGCCGAAGGGGUAUUGUUUCUCGGGUUCCAAUUGCUCAUAAAUGA